AUGUUCACCACACUACCAGACUUCACACCACGAGACUCGCAUUCUCUGUGGUACAGAUCCUCACGCAGUCCUUACAUCCCACCUGGGCCUCUCGACGACUUUAACGAAGGCGCGCAAAACCAACAACAUGGCGCAAACCAAGCGCGACAACGAACCAAAAUCAUCGAGCGAUCAGCUCUCGCUCGACUUGCUGCUGAUGAGCAAUACAUUCAGCGACGACGAUUGAAUGUCCAGAACUAUGGAAGCGGCUGGCUCAAACCUCCAGGUGUUCCAAAGACACUCCAUCAAAUGCGCGAGGAGAAGCGAGAGCAAGAGGAACACCAAGAAGCAAUGCGCCGAGAACAGCUGGCACAAGAGCUGGCCGAAGCCGGGGUCGAAGGCGCGCCUGGAGAAGAAGGGACGAUGGACGAUGUGCAGCUUGACGGAGCGCAGGACCUAGAUGAUGAAAUCCCGGACGCUGAUGAAGGGUUUGGCUAUGAUCAUGACGACGACGAAGAUGAAGAGGAAGAGGAAGAGGAGGAGGAGGAGGAGGACGGAGAAGAAGAGGAGGACGGAGAUGGCGAAGAGACAGAUGACGAAGCCCUGAGGGCAGAGCGUCAGAAUAAUCUCAUGGCUGCACACAUGCGAAUGGGCGACGACGCUUUCCGCGAAGCACUUGUACGCGGCGAGCCAGAUGCUAAUGACAUGUACGAUGAAGCGGAAGAAUACGAAGAAGAGGAGACUAAUGGCCAACUUCUCGACGAGGAAGAUUUCGUCCAGGAUGAUGACCUUGGCAUGGACAUGGACGCUGAUCUUGACGAGGACAUUCCCGAGGCAGAGAGUCAGGGUUAUGAGCACACCGACUCUGAAGCCGAACUUUCGAGCAGUGAACAGCGGUCCAGCAGCGACGAGGAAGAGGAGGAUGAUGACAUUGACACCAGCUUCCAGCCUCGCUCUACGACUCUCCCACCGCCGCUAUCACCCACGUUUCACGGCGGUCGGUCACUCAUGUCACACCCUCGCGCCAGUAUGGACCUGAGCAACUUGCUCUCCCAAGACGGUAGCAGCUUCAUGCACAGCAGUCCCGUCGGACGACGACCCCGUCAAUGA